UUUAAACAAUUUGCAUUGUUAUAGUAAAUUAAAUAAAGUAAAUUUAUGACUUUAGAUGCUUCAACUAGCCUAGGUUUUGAAAGUUUUUGAUUGUUUUUUUAAAGCAUUUUAACUAAGUACUACUGUUUUAAUAUAUUAUUAAUAACACAUUGAAUUAAUGCUACUAAUAAUAAUUAAGUUAUUUAAAAUAAUAAUAAUAAUAAUAAUGUGAAAUUAUUGUAUCCAGCGAGUCCAGCUCAGGUUACAGUGAGAGUUGUUGGCUUCCUGUUAAGUUUCUGUUGCUACGGCAACCGUGGCGCAGCUGAAAUCUGUAGCCAAACGUUGCGCGAUAGCGUUUAAGUUUGGAUUCAUGGACGUUAUCGAAAAGAGAAUAGACGGCAUUGAGGAUGAAGCCGAGGAGGAGCUGAUUUCAGAAGAGAUUAAGGAAAUACGUCGAUAUGCUCUGUCAAACCAGCUGAGGGCAGGAUUUUUUGGACAAGAUGCCUGUGUCCAAACCGACGAGUCAGAGCUGCCGGAUAUAAAGAUACUCGCUGCUAACACUGCAGAGCUUGUGAAGGAAAUGAAAAUGUUAAAAGAAGACACUGAAAAGAAACUGAAAAUAAUGCGUUUGCAGUAUGAGACCAAACUGCAGGAUGAAUCUGAUGCCCUUUAUGCAAGUAUGAAGGAUAAAAUCAAGAAUUUGGAGAACUGCCACAAAGAGAAAUUAUCUGUUCUUCGGAGAAGCUAUCAGCAGCAGCUCUCAGAUGCUAUGCAGGUGAUCAAAGCCGGGUAUAAGAAUAAAGAAGAGACGGAUCUGGUUUGUGAUGUUACUGAUGGAAGAGUAAAGGACCUUCUGAACGAGCUUCAGGAGAAGAACUUGAAGAUUGAGUGGAUGGUUGAACAGCUAAAGAAAUAUGAGAUUGGCUCCGAGGGAGUGGAGGACCCCGAGAAAAGCAGACUGAAGUCAGAGAAUGAAAAGCUAAAAGAUAACAUUGACUCAUUGCACGUCGAGCUGGAAGAAGUUCACCGAGUCCUGGAAUCCAAAGAGCAGAGGCUGGCUCUGGAUUUGGCACAGUUAAAAUCAGAGACUGAUGACAGCAAAAAAGCCUUUCAAAAGUUGACAGGUGAACAUGAGCAACUGAAAAUGCAGUUAAACGUUGAAAGAGAAAGAGGCAGAGAAAAGAUAAAACAGUUAAAAGAGGAAAUGGAGAAAGAAAUUGCAUGCAUUGAAGCCUCGGGCAUGAAGGAGAAAGCAGCAAUUGACAAGAAGCUUGAGAAUCAGAAACCAGCAGAAACUACAACCAUGGAGCUUGCUGGGGAUACAGAGUUGGUUCAACAAAUAAAAGAACAUAGAAAGACUGAAGCAAUGCAAAAAAAGGAGAUUGAAAGGCUCAGUAAGCAGUUAUGCAUUUCCAAUCAGGCGUGGGAAAAGAAGUUUGAGAUUUUAAGACAGAGUUUCCAUGCCAUCAAGGAUGAGAUGUUCUUACGGCAGACAUUGCGGCGGCAGGAAGCCAUUCUGCACAACGCCUCAGUCAGCUUUGUGAAGGAUGCUUCUUGCUCACCACGACAGAAGAGUCGGCUUGGCUAUAAUAAUAUGGCUCCUUUGCCACGUAUAGGUGCUGGAGGCCAGCAGAAGAUAGACAUCGGCCUUCAGAAUGAAAGAGAAGCAGAUGCUCUUCCUGGAUUAGAUCCCAAAUUGAGUGUUGCAGAUGAGGAAGAUGAAGAAGCAUAAACUAGAGCUCUUUCUCCCUUUUCAAGAGGCAGCCACCCUAGGUUUUUUGAAGUUACCAACGCAUUUGAAACAGAAAUGGUUUAGUCUGUGCACAGCUUGUUUUUGUCAUUUCAAAAGUUUUUUAUAAAUCAGAAAUAAAAUCACAAGAGUUGAGGAGCAGUCAAAGAGUUUAUGCAAUAUGGCGAGGAGAUUUAUACAAAAAAUAUAUUAGCACAUCAAUAACAACAUUGUUUUCAUUAAAUAUUAAUAGUUUAUAUCUAAAAAAGGAAACGGCUAGUUCGAUUGAACUCAUAGUCUUAUUAUUAUACUUAAGGAUAUUGAUCAGUUUCACACUAAUAAAUAAUAUGUACAGCAAUUCCUAUUUAGUACUUUUGAAGAAAAGUCCGUUCAUUUAGUCAGUGAAGAUAUCACGGCAAUUUACAGUGCAUUUGAACUCGCUUGGCAUGAUUUCAAACAAAGCAAAGAGAAAACUUCAAAUCUUUUUAAGUAAAUUCAUUAGAUUUCUCCCACACAGAGCUCCUAUUAAGAGAAAACAAAGGCUAUCGUGACUUUAACUGACUGUAAUUGACUGUGCUGUGAAUGGGCUCAGUCUACUGCAGCUCUCAAUCCUGAAUGCUGUUGGAGAGGUGCAGACAUGAGUAACUGUAUGCAUUCUUCUGCCACAGUAAAGAGUGCUCUAAGAAUGGUCUUUCGCUUUCCGCAUGCCACAUACAGCACAAAACCAGCGGAAUGCACAGCUUUGGAGGCGAUCUCAAUGGCUGUGGAGCCAAACAAUAAGAUCUUGGCUCUCGAACCCAUUUCAGUCUUUAGUCUUGCUCUGCCCCCUUCGCUUUUGCUCAGUCUUUAUUUUGCUUCUUUACACUGUACAGAAUAAAUGACCAUAUGAAAUGGGCUCUACUUAACAUUUUGUACAUGCUUUAAAAAAAUUCUAACACAGUUAAUUUUACUCUAAGCUUUAGUAUGAAGUGAUAAACAGUACCAUUGACCUUCUAAAUCUCUAGAACAGAGUGGUUUGGCUGGUAGCUGUAAUGUUCUGUAUAAACAGUGUCGCCCUGUGGCAAACCCCUGCGGAGCUGUUCUCCAAAUUCUGGUCUCCCAGACCCCACUGACCCUAAGGGACAAGCCUAGAAUCAAUUACCAAUUUCUCCUUUAACUAUCUGUCAUGUACAACGGAUGGUUAUUGGGUUAUGACUUGAUCAGCCUGAUCACUGUGCCGUGACCCUUUUCUCAGGGAUUAUGUGAUUAUGGCCUAAUUCCUUGUAAUCUUCCACUAACUGGUCCAUUGCCAGAGUCACAAAACAACUUUUCCAUACUGCUGUGCUACUGAACAGACCAGCAUGGUCCAAACUGCUUGCGGCCCAGUUACCAUAGAAACUACUAUAAGAUGUCAGAUAUAUAUCAUUAGCUAAAACAAUCUCAGGAGGGGGUAUCUCACUAAAGAUGUUUGCUACUUUCACAGGGUUUCAGGCUCAGGUUGUAAAACAACAAAGUGGAAUUUUAGCUGAACUCCAGAAAUUAAUUAGUUUCAUUAGUUGGUGGAUAAAUGGCGAUGGCUGGUGUGUUGGAUUCCAGCAGAGUUUCACCAUAGAGGGUUAAUGGGAGUCUGGCCUGGAAGCAUUCCCAGCUCUGGCCCAAGGCCAUUUCAGCCAAUCACUCUAAACUUAUGGUCUCUUGCACUGAGCUGCUGUUUUACACUUUUGCUUUCCCUCUGCCACAGUUAUAAGGUCAUUCAAAGCUGGAAAACAAUUGAGGAAUGCAGAAUUUAAAGUUUUUCAGAGUGUAGGGGUUACCAAGGGUUCUUGGAUGCUUAAAAAAAUAAAGAAAUAAUAAUAAUUCAAGCUAUUAAUUAUAAUAAUAUAGUCCAUUUUUUUAUUCUCCGAUGAUUAUAAAAAUCUAUUGUUAUUAUUUAUAGAUUGUAUUUGUUGUUUUGAGAAAUAAUGCAUUAAUGACAUAAAGCUGGACGUCUUUACUCUAAA